CAAGGCCCAAACAGAGAGUAGUCAAAGAAGAAGCAGAGAAGCAGUGAUGUUCCAAAACCCUAAAUACACAACAAAGCCGCUUGUUACUUCGCUGCAGCUUCACCACCUUCAACUCCUAACACUCGCGCCGCCGUGCCUCUUCGUUCCAUCCAUCACUCGUAGCGAGAAUGGUGAGGGUUAGUGUGCUGAAUGAUGCUCUCAAGAGUAUGUACAAUGCUGAGAAACGUGGCAAGCGUCAGGUCAUGAUCAGGCCAUCCUCCAAGGUCAUCAUCAAGUUCCUUAUAGUCAUGCAGAAGCAUGGCUAUAUCGGCGAGUUUGAGUAUGUUGAUGACCACAGGGCUGGCAAAAUUGUUGUUGAAUUGAAUGGUAGACUCAACAAGUGUGGAGUUAUUAGCCCUCGCUUUGAUGUUGGUGUCAAGGAGAUUGAAGGUUGGACUGCAAGGUUGCUCCCAUCUAGACAGUUUGGGUACAUUGUCUUGACUACCUCUGCUGGUAUCAUGGAUCAUGAAGAGGCUAGGAGAAAGAAUGUUGGUGGUAAAGUGUUGGGUUUCUUCUACUAGAAUAGGUUUUUUGUUCGAGGUUUGUACUGGUUUCAAUUUGAGACUACAGGUUGUGAUGGAUGAUGGGCUAGUUUGCUAGCACUAUCGGUAAAGGAAGUGAGAUAUUUGUUUUCAUUGCAAAUGUUUGGAUAAACUUUUUGGUCAUCUAAAAACUGUUUUCUUGUGUUGCCUGUAUUAAAAUGUAUUGGAAGAGUUCUUGUUGACAAAUGACAAGUCAGGACUUCUUUUAGGUUGUGAAACUUGCUGGUUGGUGUUUUGCCCAAUCAGCCAUUGCAUUAAGUGUGUUUAUCGAUA